GGGCAGGGGAGAGCAGCGGCCCCGUGAAACGGCGAGGGGGGAGGGGCGCGGACCCCCCAGCCUUUCGGAGGCUGGCAUUGCAGGGUCACAGAGAGAGCGAGAGAGCGCCCGCCCCGCUUCGUCACGGGCCUAGUCCUCAGUGAGGUGCUUGCGCCAGGGGCCUGGGCCCCACUUCUUCGGGUGGUGUGUUGUUUACUUGUCGCUUUUCACGUGACCCACAGAGAGGAAACGCUCCCGCUGUGCGUUGGAAAACUAGCAUGUCAGGCAGAACAUCCCGGCCGGAUCCUUCUCACCCUCCGCCUCCCGGCCCCUUUUACAACGUCAAUUGUUUGUUCCCACAGGUAGCGGGGAAUCGGGGCAGUAGCGUCUCCUCUUGCGUUGCCCGGGGGGAGGAGGCCCCUCGAUUUCGGACUGAGGACCGUUUCACCGUGUGAACGCGCAGGGCGGAAUGAUAACAGCCCCAGCAGGGCAGGACCGCGAGGGGGAUCAGAGGGAGGUUUCUUCUCCAGCGUUUGUGUGUGUGAUACUUGCACUUGGGCCAAAACUGACUUGUGCGCGCGUGUAUCUUGUCCAUGUGAUUAGCUGACCUGCUUUCCCCUCCACACCGCAUAGGGCAGCUGGCGCCCUCCACGGGGAUGGGGGUGGGGGUGAGCAGGACGGUGCGUUAGGUGGGUCCAGAUGUGGGGCGUUUGCCCUUGGGCUAUGCUGCCACCCCCCUGCUCUACCCCCUGCUUCUGAUUCCUGAUGGAGAUUUUCUUCUCUAAAACCUGCCUUCUCCCACUUUGAGCUGCUCAGAGUUGCUUCACAGUGUGGGUAUAAAGGACUUUCCAGGUACUGUACUUGAUAACUCUGUCCUAAGUGGCAUAUGCCAUGUCCUGCCAAUAUACAUGCUGGAGGAACCACGGACAGCUCUCAUAGUGACUCCGCUCUCCUCCCCCCAACUGCCACAGCAGGGGUGAGUCUAAAUAGCCACCAUGUCCUGAGGGGGAACAAAAAAGAUGCAGCAACAGUUUUUUUAUCUGAAAAAGUGUGCAUGCACACAAAAGCUCAUACCAAAAUAAAAACUUAGUUGGUCUUUUAGGUGCUGCUGGAAGGAAUUUUUUUAUUUUGUUUCGACUACAUCAGACCAAUACGGCUACCUACCUGUAACUAGCUUUUUCUAAAUAAGUUAGUUAAUCCCACCCUGCCAUUUCUGUUGUAACUUAUUUUAAAGCAAUGUUUAUCAUUGUAAUAAUCACUUUUUGAGGUCUGCCUGAAAAGUAUAUGAAAUAAGUAAAUAAAUAAAAUAGAUGGAUUAGGAUAAAUCUGCAUUUAAAGUAGAAAUACGUUGGCUAGUGGAGUGUAAACUUCCUCUUGCCAUAUGUCAAGAUAUUACGGUAAAGGGACCCCCCACCAUUAGGUCCAGUCGUGACCGACUCUGGGGUUGCGCGCUCAUCUCGCAUUAUUGGCCAAGGGAGCCGGUGUACAGCUUCCAGGUCAUGUGGCCAGCAUGACUCAGCCGCUUCUGGCGAACCAGAGCAGCGCACGGAAACGCCGUUUACCUUCCCGCUUGGAAUGGUACCUAUUUAUCUACUUGCACUUUGAUGUGCUUUUGAACUGCUAGGUUGGCAGGAGCAGAGACCGAGCAACAGGAGCUCACCCCGUUGCGGGGAUUCAAACCGCCGACCUUCUGAUUGGCAAGCCCUAGGCUCUGUGGUUUAACCUGGCUGGUGUGCCGCGACGUGCGGCGACGAGAAGGGCGAUUUGCAUUGUCACGUGCCUGGCGGCCGCCAAUACUCAACGCUAACCCGCCAGAAAGCAAUAUUUCUCCUCCUCUUUCCCAAAGCUCAGUGCAAACGAGCCUGGCGGCCACCAAUACACAACACUGACCCGUCGGAAAGCAAUAUUUGGCAAGUGUUUCUUACAGUCAUAAUUAUAAUAUAGGGCGGCACAGAGUUAAAUUUUUUAAACUUUUUUAAUGGUGGUGUGCCUCGUGAUUUUUUUCACGGAACAAGUGUGCUGUGGCCCAAAAAAGGUUGAGAAACACUGGUUUAACCCACAGCACCACCCCCGUCCCUCUUGUCAAGAUAUUACAGAUGAUCAAUUUACCAAGUACUUCCAUAUAUGCCUUGAUAAGUUACUGCUUAGUAAAAAAAACAACAACCAAAAGCCAUUUGUAUUCACCAAUACAUUUAUUUCUAUAAUGGGGCUCUAUGCUACAGCUCUACAGGACCAAUCAUAUGUAACAAGAGAUAUGUUGUGUAAACUGGACUAAUCACUUUCCUUGACCAGUCAUUCUUUCCACUGUUUCUUGAUUUUAAUUCCAUACUUGUAUCUUUGAAAUCUAUGCAUAGUUUUAAUUUAUCCCCCCAUGUUGUGAAUGGAGUCAUAUCAGAAGGAUAGUGGUCUGAAGACUUCCAGCCAUGUAAAUGGCAAUAAAUUUCUCCAGUCAUUUGCAAACCUCAACAAAGAUAUUCAUUCAAUGCUAUCGUUGGGUAUUUUCAAAGGACAAAUAUUAUCUAAGCAUCUUUCUCAUGGUUUUAAUUGUACUUUAAAAUAUGGCUGUUUUUUUUCAGAUAACACCAGUAUAACAUAAUUGAUGAAAAUACAUAGUUCUGUAGUAAAAUAUUAUUUUAUCUUCUUCUUCAAAGGUCUGUGUUAUAAUUUCACAAUGUUUGGAAAUUUAUUUGAUGAAGACUUCUCCUUUUUGUCAAUCAAUCAAUGUGGGAAGCCAAAGUUAAAACACAAAGAUGCUGAGCUGCUUGUUCCUAGAGAAAGCACCAAUUUAAGUGGAAUAAAAAAUCAGGGUGGAACCUGUUACCUUAAUUCACUUCUUCAGACUCUACUAUUCACACCAGAAUUUAGAGAAGCCCUGUUUUCUAUAGGCCCUGAAGAACUUGGUUCUUUGGAAGACAACAGUAAGCCUGAAUCAAAGGUCCGAAUAAUCCCAUUACAGCUCCAACGGUUGUUUGCCCAACUUUUGCUGCUAGAUCAACAUGCUGCAUCUACAACAGACCUGACUGACAGCUUUGGAUGGAAUAGCAAUGAGGAAAUGAGACAACAUGAUGUGCAGGAGUUAAAUCGGAUUCUAUUCAGUGCUUUAGAAACCUCCCUUGUUGGGACCUCUGGUCAUAAUCUAAUAAACCAGCUGUACCAUGGGACUGUUGUUAAUCACAUUGUCUGUAAAGAGUGCAAGAGUGUCAGUGAGAGACAGGAGGAUUUCUUGGACCUAACAGUUGCUGUCAAAGAUGUAUCUGGCUUGGAGGAAGCCUUGUGGAAUAUGUAUGUGGAAGAAGAACAUUUUGAGAAAGAUAACUUGUAUCGAUGUGGAGCAUGCAAUAAAUUAGUUGAAGCCACAAAGUCUGCUAAACUACGCAAGUUGCCUCCGUUUCUCACAAUCUCCCUCUUGAGAUUUAACUUCAAUUUCGAGAAGUGUGAACGAUACAAGGAAAUAAGCAGCUAUGCAUUUCCAAUCCGGAUAAACCUCAAGCCUUUUUGUGAGCAGACUGAAGUGGAUGAUUUCAAAUACAUGUAUGAGCUCUUUUCUGUUAUAAUACACAAAGGUGGCUGUUAUGGAGGACACUAUCAUGUUUACAUAAGAGAUAUUGAUGAACUAGGAAACUGGCAGGUUCUAGAGGAAAUCAACAUGAAUGAUGAAGAUAAGGAUUUGAAAGAUAUUGAAAAUGCAAAAGAGAAGGAAAAUCCAUUACGAAUUUUAAGAAACAUCUUAUUGGAGGAAGAAUCUAAGGAAAUUGCUGUGGAUCGGUUGGCACAGAAACUUUUGGAGAAAAUACGUGUGUCCUGGAACAAGAAAUACCGUAAACAGCAUGGACCAAUACGGAAGUUUUUGCAGAGUCAUUCUCCAACAUUUCUUCUAAGUUCUGAUGAAAGCAAAGUUAAGCUGAAUGAUCGUCAUAAACUCCAUUUUGGAUUUGCAUCCCAAAGCAACCCUCAGAACCAUGAGGUAAAGAUGUCAUCAGAAAAACCAACAACGGGUUUACGGGAAUAUUCAUCCGAAUCCCAUUGGUUUGAUUUGAAUGACUCCAAAGUCCAGCCAAUCAGAGAGCAAGAGAUUGAGAAACAGUUUCAGGGGAAUGAGAGUGCCUACAUGUUGUUCUAUCGACAAUCCCAAAUGACAAGACCAUCUGAAGCUCGAGGAAAUCCAAGAUACCGGGUCCCCAUCCAUCUCUUGAAUGAAAUGGAUGCCGCUAAUAUCAAACUGCAAAAGAAGAGGGCAGAAUAUGACUUGGCAAACAACAAUAUUGAUUUACAUCUCCAUAUAUUUUCUCACUAUAAAUUUUACAAUGGAGCUCUGCACCCAGUAGUUUCUCAGAAGGAAAGUGUUCUAGAUCUUACGAUUGAUAAGAGAAAAACACUGGGAGAACUUCAGCAAUUGGUAUUUCAGUUGUUGGAAUUUUGGGAAGGAAACCUAGUUCUCAGCCUUGCAAAGCCUCUUCCAGCUGGACUGCAUAUAUACCAAACACUUGAAGGGGCUGAUUCUACGUUGAGUGGCAUUGGACUUUCUGAUGGAGCCAAUAUAUUUGUGUGGAAUGGAAAAGAGGUUGAUGGAGUGGAAGUUCUUACUGGCAUUGACCAUGAACCUGUUCUUAUAAAUGUUCUUCAUUUAGCUGGACAUAAUGAAGGACGAGUGGGACAGCAAUUUAUGGAAUCCCAGCAUGUAUUUCCAUGUAGUUCAAACCUGAGAGCUAUUUGUGAUGCUUUAAUGUCACCCAAAGGGAUUGUCUUAAAGAACCAUUCAGGGUCUGAGAAAGACUCUGAAAACUGGAAAGUCAUUCCUGAAGAAGAUAUGAAACAGACGCUCAGAAAUAUUGGGCUCAAGAAUGGAAGCUCAAUCCUAGUUUUAGACAGCCAUGACCAAAGCAUGGUGAAUGUGGCAGGCGGCAAUUUGACUGCUUUUACGCAUGAUAUCAGCUGGUUACAAGUAAAAAAUUUCUGUAGAUUGGAGGCUGAAGAGAUACAAGUUAAAAUUACUGCAACUAUUGAAACAGUGAUGGCAGACAUCAGGAUUAAAGCGAUAGAAGAAAUGCAGUUGGACAAGGAGCUAGUUAACAAUAGCUGUCUCAGGCCCGUUGGCAGAAAUGGAAAACUUCUUUGUCCAGUGCCUGAGGAUUAUACUGUUAAAGAAGCAGAGCUGAAAAUGGGAAGCCUUCUAGGACUGUGCUCUGGAAAAGCUCCAACAGCUACUGAGAUUUUUCUGUAUUAUAUUGUGGGCCAUGAGCUUCAGUCUAGUCCAGAGAUAGAGAUAGUGCUGGAGGAGACUACAACCGUAAGAGAGUGUUUAAAUUUAAUGCUGAAGAAGUCUGGCUUAGCUGGAGACAACUGGCAUUUGAGAAAGAUUGACUGGUGCUAUGAAGCUGGGGAUGCGUUAAGUGAGGAAACUGCCACACUAAAAGAACUAAAUAUCUGCAGUGGGGAUAUACUGAAUGUUGCUGAGGGGAAGCUUCCGUCAAAGGGGUUCCUGAAAGUGUCUGUCUGGUGGUACAAAGCCUUCUUCUCUCAGUCGAGGCACAGAAGGAACAGGCAAGACCAAGGGAACUCUGUCUGCAAAAAAAUGGAAGCUCUGGGACUGUCUGCAUCUGGAGAUACACCAACAUUUCUGCAAAGUGAAGUUGACCUAUGUUAUGUGGGUGACAUAGAAAUCUCAGAAGACGCUUUCCUGGAAGACCUGAAGAUGCAGGUGAUGACAUUGCCAUUCUCUGAAGAGUUUAGUAUUCCACUACCUGAGUUUCUCCGAGUUUGGACAAUGGAAAAUAAGUGCCCUUGCAGGCUUUUACGAAACAAUAAGCAGCAACUCCAUAAAUUCAAACUAGGAAACAGAGUGGAAAUUUGUAUAGAGCCUUUACACAAGGAAGAGAAUCUUGGACCAAAGGAUUUGCUUCUGCGAGUGCAGAUGGGCAUACCAGGGGAAAGAGAUUAUUACCAUCCUGUGGAUUUGGUAUGGGAUAUCUCCAAAGAGUGUACAGCAUGUGCAUUGAGACAAAUAAUUGCUUCAUACUACUCAUUACCAGCAGAGCAAAUUGAAAUGGCUAAAUAUUCUCCUGAGAAGUUUGAAUGGAUACCAAUAUGUAGUUGGACACAGCAAGUUUCAAAGCGAAAAAAGAAGAAGAAAGGUGACAGUUUACAAUUAAGCCCCUACAGUCUGAAGGAUGGAGAUAUUAUUGGUGUGAAGAAUCUCCUACUUGAUGGCAGUAAAGACUUCAGUACCAUGAAAGAUGAUAUUGGAAAACAAAUGCAGAAGCAACUUGCUAUGGACAAAACAAGUAGCCAGAAGCCUGACUGUGUGCAGAAUGAUCAUUACUCUGAAAAAAAGAUGGCUAAGAAUCGUAAACCUGAAGCAGCACUCUCCAUCAGCGUUGGGGUUUUCAGCUGACUCCCUGGGUCUAAACAAACCUUGUAUCUUACUGCAUAGAAUGGAGUUGUCUCAGUUCGGCUGGCCAAGGAACAGUCUUCCUUGAGACAUGCAAGGGGGGUGGGACAAGCUCUCUAUCCUAUUGUGGAAAAGUGCUUUAAUUCUAUUAUAGUUCAAGCACUUAUUAUCAGGGUGGGUAUCUGCACUUUAAUAAUGAGAACAUAUACGAUUAACUUAAUCUUUCAGUGGUUGGUUUUCAUAACCAUGUGCUUUAAUCUGAUCAUAUGCAGUAUUAUCACUGCAGUGAUUCCUUUCCCCCUCAUGGAUUUAUGUACGUCAAAAUAUUUAUGAAAAUGUAGCCUGAAAAGUUAGCAUGCACAGUGAAUUCAGAAGGAAACUCUUUGUCACCCAUGGGAGUGACUCUUCAGACAAAAUGUGAGAACUAUUAGUUGAAUUUAAUGCACUCCCCUUUCACGCCAUUGAUUAGGGUUGGAAAAUCUGAGAGCUGCAAAUCAGCCUAUAGCAAACAAUUAUGUGCUUAGAGAAAUGUUAAAUUUAAAAUUUCAACACACACUUUUCUGUGCUGUAAUUUGACCAUUAAGUAUUAACUCCAACCUUUAUUAGCUACCAAGUGAUUAGAUCCAAAUUUAUUUUGGGGGGAAUGCCAAAAUUUACAUGGUUACUCAAAAAAACAAUAUAACAUGCAGAAAGAGAAAUAGCUAUAGCCUAUGGCUUGGAUCCAAAGUUCCAACUGUUCAAGUGGAAGAUAUAUAUGUGUGUGUGUGUGCGUGUGUGUGUGCGCGCGCGCUUGCAUGCAUGCAUGCAUGCACAUAUGUAUAUUGCCUAUUCCCCUGCCCCUUUGUUCUUGUUUGCCAUAUAUUUUGCCCUGGUUCAAAAUACAAAAGCCCAAACAUCUCUCUAUGCACAUUGGGUGAAGUGAGAUUGUUUUUUUUUAACCCCACUCACAAGGAAUUCUUCUCCCACCUGAUAAGCACAUGUGGGAGAAAUGCUUGCCUAUGGCUUAAAUACAUACAGUGUGACAUGGCAUAAUCUGGGACAUUCUUCUUUCAAACACCUUCCUGAAACAUUGCCCACAUAUAUCGACAGCUGCUACCCUAAAGGGUGGAAUCGGUGUGUUGGGUGGACUGUGAGGACAAUAUACUCUUGCUCUUCUCCAUGUAUGAGAGAGAGAAUGGAGGAAAAUAUGGUCUAAACCAGGCCUUUGUGGGAAUAGAUUUUUCUGCCAACAUUCUGUGCAAUCCUAUAUAAACAAUAUGGAGUUCAGAAAUGUGGUAUAAUACUGAAGUAAAGAGAUUUAAAGAAAUGGGGAAAGGGUACAAGUAAAUAUCAGGAUGUUUGCUGACCUUUUUUGUAUAUCGUUUCCUAAGAGGCAGCCUGUUUUUCUCAUGUCAAUGUAUGUCUUUUGUUCAUAUAAUUGCUGAAAUGCCUGUUGGGAACCAUAUAUCCUGAAUGAACAGAAUCCACCAGGGUAUAGGUGCAUAGCAUAUUUAACGUUAUAGAAACAUUUCUCCCAGAGUCCCCCAGAAUCAUUUUUUAAAUGAUUUAGGGAAAAGCGAACUGUUCCAAAGUAUUUGUCCCAAUGCACACUGUACAUUUUUACCCUAGUAUGAACUCUAGCAAAUAAUGGUCUAACCUUAAAAAUUGGUAUUUGAAUACAUAUUUUGGAGAAAGGCCACUGAGAGUGUAAAUUGAAAUAAUGAAUUAUAUUGAGGGGGGAGAUAGAGGUAACUGGGAUUGGGCAGGAAAAGGCAGGUGUUUGUGUAGGCAAAUUUUGUUGUCAUAUUUUCAGUUUACUAACUGAUAGAACUAUUAGCAAGUUAUCCCUGUUCAUUGGGUUUUCACAUUUUGAGGGCCAUUUUGCUGUUUGUUUUCUUAACUGAAGUAUAGGCUUGGGAUGAAUUUAUCACCUAGCCAGACACUAUACUGACAUAGGAUUCUCCAGAACCAAGUAUCUUAACUGACAUAUUAAAAGAUCUAUGGUGUCGCAAGACGGAAACACAAAGUGUCAUAACAUGCUGUACCAGAGGGUAUAAAUAAGUUUAAUAAAGUUUAUACAAUCACACCUGGGGGUGGGGAGGAUCCUCCUCAAUCCUUCAUGUAGUGAUCACAUGGGAUUUGAGCAAAUGCUGAAAGUUCAGCAUCUGUCCACCUACUGUGGAACCCCAAUCUCAUGACGAAGAGGCACCCAAAA